AUGAUAUACUAUUUCAUUUUCUUGUUAUACUUAACUUUGGUUCAAACGAGUCAUUUCAAUGGUGGUACAAUAACAUGGAAACCAGUAGAUCCACAAACAAACUUGAGUUCGGUCAUAAUAACUAUUGAUCAAUCGUAUUGGUGGACAUAUCCGACAAUUACAUGCGCAAAAAAUGUGCCAAUUUCAACUGCUGGUCGAUCAAAUCAAGGUUCGAAUUUAACCUGUUUAGCUGAUUGUUCAACAGACGGAGGCUAUUCGAGCAAUAUAAUGAGUACUCUUACAGACUGCAUUUCUGUGAGCUCGUCUAUGGGUAUGCUCUCGAGUGAACGCGCCCGAAAUAUCACAUUGUCUACUGACGCACAUUUCUAUCUAACAUAUCGUGGCAGUGCUUGGACAGAAAUCGGUGACCCAGCGACUCAAAACUUGCAAUGGUCAAUUAGUACUUUUAUUGACCUUCGCAGGCGACCAGACGGUAUUAUAAAUACACCACCAGUUGCUGAACUUAUAUCUCCACAAUACAUUAUUGUGAACAAAACGAGUAAUAUUCAAAUACCCGUAUCGGAUGCCAAUGAAGGUGAUGAUGUACGCUGUCGUUGGGCAAAAUACACUUCCGGAUAUCGUAGACGAAGAGAGGUCCAUUCGGGCUUAUCUGAUGAUGAAACUCCCAUGACUACACGCAAGGCAUUAACUUCUGACAAGGAAAACGCAGUUACUCGACGGAAAAGAAGUGUACCAUGCAUCCUUGGCUGUGCGAAGCAGUGUGCUUGGUUAUGCCUUUGCGUCUGUUCGGCAUGUUAUGGUACCACUUGUAGUGGACUAGCGUGUUCAGCGCUAGGUGGGUGUCCUGCUGGGCCAACAACUAUUGAUACUCCAGGAACACUCAAAACUACUUCAAGUUAUCCCGUACGCCAAUCUAUUGAUGAAUGCGGUGAUAUAUGCUAUAACAGUACCGUUCCUGCUGGCACUACACUAUCUAACUGCACCAUAUCGAUCCAAAGUUCGUCAGUUGGCACCUGGUAUGCAGCCGCUAUUCAAGUUGAAGAUUUCAUCAACACAUCCAGUACUAUUGCAAUGAGUUCAAUACCAGUGCAAUUUCUUAUAUACGUCAUGCCAGAGCCAACUUGCCAAUCUCAACCGAUUAUUCAACCUCUCACAGGCUGUUUGGAUGUGGCAGUUAAUGUUACCAAAGCUUUUAAUUUGACUAUAAUUAAUCAAUGUGACCCGUCCACCAUCGAUAUUGCUGACCUUAUAUUUUCGAAAGGGAUUGACGGUUUAACAAAAAAUAAUUUGACCACUUCAUCAAAUAAUGCAUCAGUGAAUUACGUACAAUUUACAUGGACACCACAACCAAAUCAAAUCGGUGAACAGCAGUUGUGUGUUAUCGCUUACACCGAAGAACGGCUUCAAUCAGAAACCUAUUGUGUAACAUUUUCGGUGAUGUCUUCACCAUUGUUAGUUUGUGUUACAACAACUACCACAUCAACAUCCACUACAUCAACUACUUCCACUACAUCAACAACCACAACAACAUCGACAACAUCUACCACUUCAACAACAAGUUCCACAAGUUCAACAUCAAGUACAACAUCAACCUCUGCUACGACUACAACAACGAGUCCUUCUGCAAAACGUCGUCGAGCAGAACAACAAGAAAGCGAUGAAUGGCAAUACAGCCAUCUAGUGUCUCGAUCCGAUAGUAUGGGACAAGCAUCGUCGAAGAACAAUUCAGAUCCCACAAUACGAAGACCGAGUAAAAGCUAUCAAAUAUACACUGUAUCUUCCACCGAAGAAAGUGUCGUUAGAAACCGCUCGGUCCAUGAAAAUGAAUCAAGUUUACUUGUACGACUUUACAAUGAUACACAGAAAAACUUGAUAGGUACUGAGCAACAUAACUCGUUCGCAAGCAAUUCAAAGAUGAAUGUACUCGAAUUACAACCGCCUGGUCAAAGUUAUCAGACUGAUCGACCUUUCUCUACUGAAAGUAGAUCCACAACGUCUUUGAUAUUAUCCAAUCAAUCCGACCGUAGUAAUUCUUCGUGCACACUUUUUAGCCACCUUCGCAGCGUUGAACCAUUACGCUAUCCGAGUAGUCCUGAUCGCCCUUCUGAUCAGCUUUCUGAAAAACAACACAUGGAUCUAAAACGUAACACCAUGACUACCACUGUUUAA